GCGACCCCUUUACCGCCCUUGGAAACGUAGUAAGUUGAUCGACGCAUAGCAAGAUCCUCACUUAACGACUGAACACCACUGGAGAAGGAGCUGUGUAACCGGCGUCCAAAAGGACGAAGAUAGAUUGACUCAAUUAAUAUACAGUAAUAUCUAAAGAUGUUCAAGAACACAUUUCAGAGUGGAUUUUUAUCCAUACUGUACAGUAUAGGAAGCAAACCGUUGCAAAUUUGGGAUAAAAAGGUGCGAAAUGGUCACAUCAAACGUAUCACAGACAAUGAUAUCCAGUCUCUAGUUUUAGAAAUUGUUGGAACGAAUGUCAGCACAACAUACAUCACAUGUCCAGCAGAUCCAAAGAAAACACUUGGUAUAAAGCUUCCAUUUUUGGUGAUGAUCAUCAAAAAUUUAAAGAAAUAUUUCACAUUUGAAGUACAGGUUUUAGAUGACAAAAAUGUCAGGAGGCGAUUUAGAGCUAGCAAUUACCAGAGUACCACGAGAGUAAAGCCAUUCAUUUGUACCAUGCCAAUGAGGUUGGAUGAUGGCUGGAAUCAAAUUCAGUUCAACUUGUCAGAUUUCACAAGGCGAGCAUACGGAACAAACUACAUUGAAACCUUGAGAGUCCAGAUUCAUGCCAACUGUCGGAUCCGAAGAGUAUACUUCUCAGACAGACUUUAUUCAGAAGAUGAAUUACCAGCAGAAUUCAAAUUAUACCUACCUGUACAAAACAAAACAAAGGCAUAACAAACAAUAUUUGACUCUUAGAACAUUUUAACUCAGUGUAAAUAUAUCAACAUUUUAAACUGUUCAAAUUGCUACUCAAGAAAGUUCAAAAACGUCUGUGGAUAAAAAAUUGAUCGUCGGACUGCAAAAAGUAAUUGUGUACUUCAAUAUUAAAGUGAUGUUGGACAGUAUGAACAAACGGAUGUUGGCAACACUGAUGGAAAGAACAGUUGACUUGGCAUGUAUUGAACAUGUGCCAUUGUUUCCAUGGGGCCAUAACCGGUUAAAAGUGUUCAUAAGCAGUUCUCUUGUUAUUCUGUUAUUUUCAUGUCUUUUGAAAGAACACUAUUUCUGUAGGCUUUCUGGUUUUAAAAACAAACAAAACCAACAACUCAGAUCUGUAUAGUUCUUGCAACCAAAUUUAACUCAGGAAUAGAUGUUUCGAAGAAUCCUGAUUAUUUUGUGAUUGAAACUUGAGAAAAUACAUAUUUGAGCAGCUGGAUGACUGAUGAGCGUAUCAAAAUGGAAAAAAUAUUAAAUAUUUUGAAAAUGUCUGGAAGAUUUAUUUUUUUUGCAAAGUUGGGGAUUUGUUGCAAUAUGUGUUAUAUAUCAAAGUUAUUUGUUAUAUUUUGUUUCAACUGAUUUCCCAACUUUUCUUAUUAUAUUUUUUUUUUCAUUGAAUACAUUUCAUCCAAUCAUUCAGCUUCAUUUAAGCAUAAGACAUAUGAAAAAAUGUUCUUGCAUUUUACCCAUUGUAAUUAUAGGAAAAAAUAAAGUUAUAAAGAACAAA